AUGGCCGAGCUCCCAUCGAAGGAGCACCUCACCUCGCACCCCAACUUCCUGAGGAUCCGUGGGCCCUGGUUGUAUGAGGACGAGAAUGAUCGCACGUGGCUGCAUCUCUUCAUGGAUACAGGAGGUGUUCUGCAAGUACUGCUGCGCCAGGAAGACGUACCCAUUGGGCAUAUUGCAAUGACCAAAAGCCUGCUCACCUCGAGCAUCAUGCCUUUGAUGUGGACACUCCACCCUGAAGGUCAGUACGAGGACCACAUUUGCCGGUUCUGGCGCAUUGUGGACCACUUCAAGGAGGAUGGAGUGGAGGAAAUGAUCCUUGAACUAAUGGACGACUCGUAG